AUGACUUCGACAACUUUCAGCUCAGUCUAUGACUAUCUUUCUCCUUACUCCACAUUCAAGUCAAGUACUACUCUAGGAUUCUCUAUUGUCUGCACAAUUUUCCUUUCCUUGUACUGGUACGCCAACAAAACCGACAUCCCCUACAUCAAAGGCAUCCCAGAAAUCCCCGGAGCAGUCCCCAUCUUCGGCCAUCUCGUCAAACUCGGCGACGACCACGCCACCAUGUGUGAACAAUGGUGGCGCAAAUACCAGACGUCCGUCUACCAGAUUAAGCUCGGCAACACCCGUGCAGUCGUCGUGAACUCAUUCGACGACGUGAGAAGAAUGCUCAUAGGCCAUCAGUCUGCCGUCAUCGAUCGGCCGACUCUAUAUACGUUCCACGGUGUGAUUUCCUCGACGCAAGGGUUCACGAUCGGAAGUAGUCCCUGGGACGACUCGACGAAGAACAGGAGGAAAGCUGCUGGACAGGCGCUUGGUAGACCGGCGAUCAGAACGUAUUUUGACAUGUUUGAUCUGGAGUCGUACUGUGUUGUAAGGGAUUUUUACAGGUAUAGCCAGCGAGGGGGUGUGGAAAUCAAUGUUCGACCUUUCAUCCAGCGAUAUGCGUUGAACACGACGCUGACGUUGUGCUAUGGCAUAAGGAUGGACAGUGCUUAUGACGAACUGUUGCGGGAGAUCCUGGAGGUCGGUUCGGCUAUUUCGUUGUUACGAUCUGCUUCGGAGAAUUACCAAGAUUAUGUGCCUGCGUUCCGGUACUUGCCAAGUAAUGAGAAGACUCAAAGGUCGAAGGAAUUACGGGCUCGACGGGACAAGUACUUAGGCUAUCUGCUUAACAAGGUUCGAGUGAUGAUUGAGCAAGGUACUGACAAGCCAUGUAUCUCGUCUGCUAUCCUCAAGGAUCAGGAGACGAAGCUCACUGAAGUCGAGGUUUCGUCGAUUUGUCUAUCUCUUGUCUCUGGCGGCUUUGAGACGAUUCCUGGCACUCUCACAUCCUGUAUCGGUUCACUCUCUACACCAGAAGGUCAGGUGUUCCAGGACCGUGCAUAUGAAGACAUCCAACGUCACUAUCCUGGUGGCACAUCAGAGAUUUGGAUGAACAGUUUCGAAGCUGAAAAGGUUCCGUACGUCAACGCCAUCGUCAAAGAAGCAGCUCGCUACUACACUGUCUCAGCCUUGUCUCUCCCUCGCAAGACUGUGACCGACAUCGAAUGGGAUGGUGCCAUCAUUCCUGCAAAGACAAUGAUCCUCAUCAAUGCACAGGCAGCCAACCACGACGUUGACCACUUCGGUUCAGACGCAGACACAUUCAACCCUGAGCGAUGGCUGACCAGCAACUUGGAUGCUGCUUUGCACAACUCUCUUUCGGCGCUCGAAGAGAAGCCAUCCCAGGGCAUACAGCAUUACUCCUUUGGUGCUGGCAGUCGUGCUUGUUCGGGACAGCUUAUUGCUAGUCGACUGUUGUAUACAGCUGUGAUUAGGAUACUGUCAUGCUAUAAGAUCAUCGCUAGUGAAGCUGAACCUCCAAACACUGAUUAUGUGGAUUACAACCAGUUCAAGUCAGCCCUCGUCGCAAUACCAAGGGACUUCAAGGUGAGGCUUGUGCCGAGGCAGGGUGUCGAUAUCGAUGGCAUCCUGAGGGAGGCUGAGAAUCGGACGAAAAACUAUUACCAAGAGUAA